UCGGGCUUCGGCUGGUUCUCAGUUUUCUUUCCAGUUCUCACACCUCAACCCCCAUCAACCCUGCUCAACCUUAGUUCCUGCCGAGAUUGUGUAGCUGUAGCUGAUGCUACUUGAUUAAACACAAUUUUAAGAGUCAUUCAAUCAAAUAGUUGUUCAACAGAAUGACGUGAUCCAGUUCUACUCACUUGUUCUAAUCACUUCUCUUUAACUAUCCGAAGAGUGCUGCGAAUAAAGUAAAUUAUCACGUAUUUAAGUUCGGCUACUAGUCAUGUGAAUGAUUUCAACAAAAAACAUUUCGUAUCCUUUCUAGAUUAAAGUGAUAGUUUGUAGGAAGUGUAGUGUUCAUAUCGCGUAGGAGUGCGGUUUUCUUUGAAGUUGGUCGAUCACAUUAGGUUUCCAGGCCUUUACAAUUUUAGUUGUUGUAGCUACUUCUCUGCUGAUGUGAUGUGCUCAUUAUCAAUGCAGUUUGAUUAUCAAUCAGAAUCGGCGAAAAGCAAAAAACCAAAAACUGGAAGUCACUGUUACAUUAGUCAGUUCAGUGAGGUUAAGAAAUAUGGAUAAUCUCAUAUGGCAUCGUUAAUUAAUGACCUAUAGAUAACAUUGUGUAGCGGCAGUUAGUGUCAGUGGUUUCACUGGUUUGUGCAAAAGGAACGAUUUUGCCUAGUGGUGCUUUAACGUGUCUUUGUGGUAACUGCUUCAAACUUUAAAUACCCUGUUCGACUUGAUAAGUGUGAACACAGUCUGGUGUGAAUGAGCGUCGUAUUUUUCAAGUUACAAAUAUUUGCACCCACGCAAAGUGAAAGAGACAAUCGUUGAAAUUAAUUGAAUUCGUGUUAUCGACAACUUUGAGAAAAAUGGCAACUGGCGGAGAGGAUCCAUGGCCAACAACUGGGAGUCAUGGACAUUACUUUCUCAAGAAGAAUUUUCAUAAGCCCUCCUAUUGUCACCAUUGUUCAGAUUUGGUGUGGGGACUUCUCGGACAGGGAUACGUAUGUGAAGUUUGCAAUUUCGUCGUGCACGAUCGCUGCCUUAAGGGAGUUGUAUCACCGUGUAUCCACAUCGCCACGGCACUUAUCGAGACACCGGUUGCACAUUUCUGGGCAGAAUCCAAUCAUCACAGCCAAAAGCGUCGAUUUUGUAACGUCUGUCGUAAACGUUUGGACGAUACCUAUUCUUUCCGAUGUGAAGUUUGUGACUAUCAUGUGCACGCUGAAUGUCAAGACGGAGCAUUGCCAAAUUGCCGACAAGCUUCUACAUACACUCCUGGAUGGACAUUGGAAGAGAUUCGACCAACGCAUUAUUGGCGUGAAGGAAACUUACCCACCGGAGCAAAAUGCAUACUUUGCCGUAAAUCUUGUUGGAGCGCUGAAUGCCUGGCCGGAUGGAAAUGUGAAUGGUGUGGCUUGGCGGUGCAUUCUAUGUGCUACAAAUCUGUCAAUCCAGAAUGCAACUAUGGAAUCCUUGCACCAAGUCUUUUGCCACCACACGCCGUCAGUAAUAAUUGUCAUACAGUUGCACUGGAAACACUGAUAGGUUCACAACCAAGGAGGAGGGAGACCGCAUCCCCUCGCAGUAUUUCAGAAGAUUUUUCGAGUGGAGGAGGUGGCGAAGCCGCUACUAAAUCAUUCCGAGAAACUGAUGACAAUUACUGUCAAAGCAGAGAGCGAGAUCGAUCUAGAGAACGUGAUGACCGAGACGAAGAAUUAAUAAAAGUUUAUGACGGGAUUGCUUCAUUCCGUCAUCAUAGCUACAAACUGAUUUCAGUUCCUAGACACACUAGCGUGGAACAACUAGUAGCUGCUGCAAUGUGGGCAUUUCAUCUGACGGGCGAUCCUGGGGAUUAUUAUCUAACAGACCUGUGUGGAAAUUCUGAAAAAGAAGUUGAAGAUCCAUAUCCAAUUCCUUUGUUAACGCGAGUUGAUGGAAGAAAACCAGCGUUAUUACUUCGUUUUAGGGAGUCUACCGAUUCUGGUUGGGUUCGCGUUCACGCUGGAAGACUGCAAGUUUCAGAAUCCCCUAAGCUUGUACCCGUGAGUAGUGGUACCAGCGCUGCUAGUCUACUCAGUGAAUCACUGCCAUUGUUUGGAUUGGAAUCAGCAAAUCCAGAUGAUUUUUCGGUUACUGAAAUAAUUAUGCAUAAAGGAGUUUCGGAACGAGUUCUCGGUAGAGAAGAAAUUCCAUGGGAGUCGCUUAAGCAGAUUGGUCGUGAAUCCCUUCGGCAAAUGCAGCGCACUCGAUUCUACCUUCAACCUAAGGAAGUUCCGUGUGGCGAAAAUUUGGCUGUGUUCGUAAGCAAUUUACCAUUUAAUCUCUCUCAGCGUCAGUAUGAAAAGAUUCUACUUGAUAUUCUUGGAAAAGAAAACAAAUAUUCUUUGAUUGGGCCCAUAUAUUACGAGUAUGGUUCGAUGGUUUUAACAUACCAGAAAUUUGACGAUGCCAUCCAGGCUUGCUACACCUUAAAAGAUGCGAUUUAUGAGGAGCGAAAUUUAUCAGCUGCUCUUUUGCCAAAUAUAAUACCUCAAUUGAUUCCUCCCGAAGUUCAACCUCUUUUAGUCUUCGUAAACGUAAAAUCAGGAGGCUGUCAAGGCCUUGAACUUGUGACGAGCUUUCGCAAGCUCUUAAACCCAUAUCAAGUUUACGAUCUUGACAUUGGUGGCCCAUUACCAGGCCUCUAUGUUUUCCGCCACGUGAAAGAUUACCGUAUUCUGGUCUGCGGAGGUGACGGCACUAUAGGUUGGGUUUUACAAUGUCUAGAUAAUGUUGGUCAGGACAGUGAAUGUUCUUCGCCCCCUUGUGCCAUUGUUCCUCUUGGCACUGGAAAUGAUUUGGCCCGCGUAUUACGUUGGGGAUCAGGUUAUACUGGGGGAGAAGAUCCAUUAAACCUUCUACGGGAUGUAAUUGACGCCGAGGAAAUCCGACUUGAUAGAUGGACAGUUGUUUUCCAUCCUUCAGACGAGAAAUUAUCUGAAGACUGUAAGAAUAGUUGUGGAACAAGUGGUGUUAUGUCCACUUCGACAGCUAUAACAAAUGAAGAUAAUACCCAAAUAUUUGUUAUGAAUAAUUAUUUCGGCAUUGGGAUCGAUGCUGAUCUUUGCUUAGAUUUCCAUAAUGCCAGAGAAGAAAAUCCAAAUAAGUUCAAUAGUCGAUUACACAACAAAGGUGUCUACGUAAAGAUGGGAAUACGCAAGAUGAUGGGGCGAAAAAUGUGCAAAGAUAUGCAUAAGGAAAUUCGGUUAGAAGUGGAUGGAAAAAUGGUUGAAUUACCUCCUGUCGAAGGAAUAAUUAUUCUAAACAUAUUGAGUUGGGGAUCUGGCGCUAACCCGUGGGGGUUUGAGCGUGAUGACCAAUUCUCCAUGCCUAAUCACUGGGAUGGUAUGCUUGAAGUAGUAGGGGUUACUGGUGUUCUUCAUUUGGGCCAAAUUCAAUCGGGAUUACGAUCAGCUAUUAGAAUUGCACAGGGUGGGCAUAUUAGAAUACGAAUGAACAGUGAGUUACCUAUUCAAGUUGAUGGUGAGCCAUGGAUUCAGUGUGCUGGUGAAAUAGUUGUUCUGAAAUCUGCAUUGAAGGCUACUAUGUUAAAGAAGAAAAAAGGGAACAACCCAUCUAACAGUGGUGGCAGUAGCGGUAACCAUACCAGUGGAAGUAGUAAAGCUCGUUUUCCAGCAUCAAUUCAAGCAACAACAGACUUAGAUAACUGUGGAUUUGACGAUUCUCAAAAUGCUGAAGGGUGUAGCAACAAAACGCAGAUCUAUUCAACAACCGUCUAAAAAAAUUUGAAAAUCAAUUCAAUUUGCAAAACAAUUUUAGUCCAUUACUUCAGAAUGUUCGAAUUUAUUUGACACGCAGACUUCAGUAUAGAUUCGGAAUUUUGAGUGAGUGGAUUAAUCCCGAGAUGUUAAUGAACUCUUUCCGAAAUAUCCUAACUUCUACAACAAGAUUUUCUACGUUGCUACAAUAAUACUUCUCAAUUUCUUUUCAAAUUUUUAUGUUAAAAGUUUAUUUUAAAAAUAGUUUUUUGUGCUACUUUUAUGUUGGCCUAUAGUUCUGCGUCCACUAAAAUUCUCGUAAUUAUGUUUCAUUUGCUUAUUUAGACGCAAAUUCUGAAUCUCGUCAUUCCAUUCCCAAUUUUAUCAUAUAAAACUAUCAGUCAAGCUGUCGUAAGUAAAUCGAGGAAUAAUUUUAUAAGACUUUGAAACUUAAAUCAGCAACCAUCUCUAGAAAAUAAUAUUCCUCUUGAGAACUUCCUACAUUUUAGAUGAAUUAAUUUCACUUAAUUCGUUUAAUUAGAUCGCAUAUAUAUACAUCAAAGUAUAUAUGUAUCUGCUAUGCAGGAAUUUAAUUAAAUUAAAGAAAAAGAAUGUGUUUAGAAGCCAAAAAUAUUUGGAUGCAUGAUAUGGCUAGCUGGAAUACCAAAUUUAUAAUACAUACAUUUAUUAAACAUAAUAAUCUAGUCAAGAACGUUAAAUGAAAGCUAAGUUUUACUGCUAAAAACUAAGUAAAUUUUGAAGUUCAUGGGUAUUUAUUUUAAAUCUAUUAUUCACAAAUGGCACAUUUUAAAUGUUUUAUGUCUUUUCUAUGUAUGUCUUAGAUAUAUACUUUGAUUUGGCCCAAAUGUUUUUAUUUUACUUAAUUUGUUUUGGCUUUAGCCAAAGACUGUAUCCUUAUUACAUUUUGGCCAGGGAUAAUGUUUUCACGAGAGAAACGUUUUCAAUCGAAUUAAAACUAGCAAAUAUAACCUGUCUUACAGUUAUAAUAAGAAAAAUAUGCUAACAAAUAAUAAAUUGCCUUGGCUAAUAAUCCCCUGCAACAUGAAUUAGAAGAAAAAGUCCCCA